AUAUAAUAACAAAAGGACCAAAUUUAAACUACUCUUUUUAUUUCUUUCAUCCAAAUCUUGUAUAGGCAAUAUGACAAUUGUCACUGGUAAAGCAGCGCCUGUGCAACGCCUAUCGAAGGAGCAUAUAAGGAAACUUAUCCUUCAGUGCGACAAUGGCGAUGCCGUCCUCACCAAUCAAGAAAUAAAGAAAGCUUUUGAAAAGCUCCAAGCUUUUUGGCCCGGUUAUAGGGCAAGGAAGGGAGUCGCAGCAGCAGACCAUAACCGUGAUGGACUAGUGAGUAUGGAUGAACUCGAUGACCUCAUAAAUUAUGUUUAUGAACUUGGCUACUCUGGAAAGUAAUAUGAUCAAGAAAAAGUAGUGCAUGCUUGUGUGCAUGCAUGGGUAUAUAUCGUAUUAAGUAGUACUAAAAUAAAAUGGUUGGACCUAAUUAAGUAGCAGCAUAUUAUCUAUAGGUGUAGUAGAGUACCAUGCAUAUGAUCUGUCGGUUUUCGCAAUGUCUGAUGUUGUGACAUAAAGAUGCUAUCUAUCUCUCAAUCUUGGCUCAGUUAGCAUGAUUGAGCCUUGAAUUAUGUUACUCCAUUAAUUAUAUAUAUGUAUAUAUCAUUUGUAUGUGUUUGUCUAGGGUUAUAUGGGUAUGGUUCGGAGGAGUCUGCUUGCCAAUUCAUCGAUCAGGGUUUGUGAUUGGUGGCCUUUCCUUCCUAGCUUCUUUCCCCCUUGCGAAGAAUCUUUUCUACUCGAUCUUCCUCUCUCUGACAUCAGAUUUGUAUUCGCUUUUUGUCUUUGAUUCAAUUAACUAAAAAAAUGAAAUUUUA